AUGCCCAAAAUGAGCAGCUUGACUGUACAGGUGGAGAGGAGGAAGGAAGCGAGAAUAAUAUAUAUUGAGUUAAAAGAAGACAGACAUUCCUGUAGCCAUGGAGAUGACUCCAUGAUGGUUUGUUGCCGUGCUGGUGCCAGGGUUAAGGAACAGCUGCAGGAUGUUUUUUGUGGGGGAAGGCAAAUGGCCAGGGGUCAUGGUACCAAUGGCUCAGGUAUGAAGAGGAUUGUGGUCUUGCAAUCUGAAUUUAGGGAGCUAGGUCGGAAACUAGCAAGCAGGACCUCCAGUGUUGGAAUCUCCAGUCUGCUGCCAAUGCUACAUGGAAGUGAGUACAAAAGGAAGUACAGGAUAGGACAACUGUACACCAUCAGCAAGCACAGUCACGAGCAGAGCGACAAAGGCGAGGGCGUGGAGGUGGUUAAGAACGAACCCCACGAGGACCCUGUACAUGGAAACGGGCAGUUCACGGAGAAGAGGGUUCAUUUGUCCAGCAAACUCCCUAGCUGGGCUAGGGCCGUGGUACCCCGAAUAUUUUAUAUCACAGAAAAGGCCUGGAAUUACUAUCCUUAUACCAUCACAGAAUACACUUGUUCCUUUUUGCCGAAAUUCUCCAUUUACAUUGAGACAAAAUAUGAAGACAACAAUGGCUGCAAUGAUCAUAUUUUCGACUCGGACAAAAACCAUACGGAUCACGAGGUGUGCUUCCUGGACAUCGCUUUUGAUGAGAUUCCAGACCGUUACUACAAGAGUACAGAGGACCUCCGGUAUUUUGCGUCGGUGAAGACUGGACGGGGUCCUCUGAAGGAGGGUUGGAGGAAUGACCCUUCACCUGUCAUGUGCUCCUACAAACAAGUGACUGUCAAGUUUGAAGUCUGGGGUCUGCAGACAAGAGUGGAGCAGUUUGUUCAGAAGGUUAUCAGGGACAUCUUACUAAUAGGUCAUCGGCAAGCCUUUGCCUGGGUUGAUGAGUGGUGUGAUAUGACGAUGGAUGAGGUUCGGCAAUAUGAAAAGCAAACGCAGGAAGCGACGAACGAGAAGAUCGGAAUUAUGGCCCCCACUAUCUCCGUCAGCGAAGCUGCCCAGCCUCCAGCCACCCGCAGUGCCCCUGCCAGUGCACCGUCCACACCGCUCAGCGGAGACCCACCCGAUUUCCUCACUGUACCAAAGGACAGACCACGGAAGAAGUCUGCCCCAGAAAUGCUGACACUGCCAGAGCUCAGAGAGCGCUCGUCCAAUAAGUAAUGCCACCUCCAUGCCAGCCUGGGGGCUUCGUUUCUGUGAAUUUCCAGUUAUUGAAUUUACCUAAUGCUAUUUAACUGAGAAAACAAAAAAAAAAGCCAUCUGUUAAGGGGUUCUCUAAAGCUUUAGCCUGUAAAGAUGUUGGGCAGUAUCUUUACAACAGCAAGCCUGCAUUAAUACUGACUGGCCAUUAAGAUUAGCAUUUUGAAUUUGAGAUAAGGAUUUCAGAUGAGGCUAUGUUCUUUAACAGUAUUUUACUACACUCUCUUUAUCAUUCCUUGUUAGGACUUUUAGGCAGACUCAGGACUUAGUAUUAGCAUGAUUGAUAGUGUACAUUGUCACAUAAAUGCAUUUUAGUUUAUAACCUAGCCAUCAAUGCUAGAAAGGAGAAAGAUGGAGUGAACCAAAGUCUUGCUGCUCAACAGGGAUUCACUCAUGGUGCAAGCUUACUCCUGUUUGCAAGCUUUAAGGAAAGCAGAAUGAAGUUUCACACACACCCAAUGAAUCAAAACCACAAGGUCGCCACAGCAUGGUAUUCCCAAGUUGGUUAUUAAACGUUUGAUUUUAUUGUCACAUCACUUUCCAAUAGUAUUUGCGGUAAAGCCAUUUCAUUGCUGUGUGCCCCAAUUUCUCUUCCCAGGCACAACAUCUCCUCACUGUGUAAAAGCUUCAGUCUUCUCAAGGGUUGAGUCAUGUUCCCAUAUCUGGGCAAGUGUCUCCGACAUCCCAUGGAAAAGCUUUCGGUGAUGUUUGACACUUGGUUGACAGUGUCUCACUCGCCUCUGGCCAUCCACCUGUCACUUUACGUUUUGUUUCUAUUUGAAUCUCUUUGCAAUGAUUGCCUCCAAUUGCACCAUCCGAUCUGUCAUUCAAACAGGAUAUCUCCCUUUCUGCGGUGGAAUAAAACCUCUUUGCAAUUGGUUUCUAACUGGAAUUCAUUCCUUUUUCUGGGACCUGUAAAGCUAUGUGCCUCUCUCAGGCUUCCUUUCGAUCUAGGAUCUUAAAUGCCUUUAAAAUCCAUUUGGUAACUAGAACUGAAUCUCUCGCCCACGGCACCCAACCCCCCCCAGUCACAGGUCACCCUGUCUUGGAUAUAAAUGAAGUCAAUAGGUAUUGGGUUGGAAUGUGCAAUUGGUUUGAGUCAGACCCAACAGAAAGGACGAGGUUUGUGGUUGUUGGAUGCCGACCCUUUUGUUAUGUUUCAUUUCUCAACCGAUGUGCGUUUUACAGUUGUGGUGCCACAGGCCUUGUAGCUUGCAAGUGAACUAAGCCAGUCAUGUUAUCAACAGACCCUCAAGAACUUGCAGUCACUCUACUUUGUAUAACAUUCCAAACACGGCAGCUCCUGAGUCACCAACACUUGCAAGACACAGAAAGGAAACGUGACUGGAUGAAAGCAACAGUGGAUCAUGAUGGGGACCUCCCUUGGACCUGACUGAAACAGAACUGUUUCGCUAUCUUCUUUCCAUGAGGAGGUUAACUGCUUCAUUUCAGGACCUGGAUUAUGGUUUUUCCAUCAGUUAGAGUUGAUGGUCCAAUAUUCGAUAUCACUGAUAAUGCAGUGUGGUAGCCCACAUCACUCACUCAGACUUUACAUUUAAAUGAUCAAAGUAUUCACCUUAAUAAAUUGAAACAGUUAUUGUUUGCAUCAGAAGCAUGAUUGUUUUUUUAUUGGUAAUGUUAAUUUCUGAUAUUUCUAUGAAGACUUUGAAAAACACAAUUAAUUUGAAUUGCCCCAGAUGGCAGAGCCUGUACAGUACUGUGGGAAGUUCCCAAGUGCUGGUUCAGGAUCUCCCUUCGCACAGGCAAGAAACACCAACUUUUUUCACCAAACAGAGGAAAUUCUAAGUAAUUGGUCUAACAAUCAUGAGGCUAGACAAUUGUUCAGACAAGGCAUGACAUCUCAGAUAGAAUCAAGGGGAUAAAGAUAAUUUUUUUUUAAUCACUUUUUUUCCAACAUGACUCAAUGGCAAAGCUUAAUGCUUCUGGUUUUGGUGUACCUAAGACAAUUAAAACAGAAGACUGCAAAAGUUUAAAUGCAGCCCUAAUUAUUAAUUUACCUGGGUCACUACGACUUGGAGGAAGUUCCCUGGCAACCUUUUCUUUGAAAAUCUGAUCUUACUUUCCGCAUUCUUGAAACUGCUGUUUGUUCAGAGUGACUCAUGUUGAAAUGCACCUGUGCUAUUCCUGUGUGAAGCAGACUGUACAAUUAAUGGCACUGUGUACACUUGCUACCUUCUACAAAAAGACUGCCUAACCCACUGAAAUCAUCAUGCAAGGCUGAGUUAACAUUGUGUAUAUAAGGAAAUGUAAUGUAAGCAGUUUUGACUGGCCUUCAUAAGAGUCUGUUGCAGUAGCUGUAAAUAGUACAGAAGAUGUAUAAUUUUAGUUGAAUGCAUUAAUAUCACAGGAAGUGAAGGAAUGUCUUAGCUUUCUACAUAAUAAAUGUUGUUCAUGGUGGUAAAUGAAUAUAUUACUACAUAUUAAUGGUUCUUGGUUCUGAACUUUAGGGAUUAAGUUAUAGUUAAGCUUCAUGAAGUGUACUGAAGAAUAAGGGUUUGCUUAUAUUCAUUAAGACCAUUGUGUAGUUACUCUUUUAAUAAAAGAAAUGUGCAAAGCAA